ACCUAAAGAAAGAAAAAUCAACACUUCCUGUCAUGAAUAAAUUUCUUCAACAGCCUGACUUUCGUCUUCUUCGAGUCUCGAUCAACAAUCGAAGUCAAUAAGUAUCAUGGAGGACUUAUCUAAUUACAAAAUGGAUCGUGGGAAAAAGCCAGGCAAAUUCCUUGGUAUGCUGAACAACACUAUGUAUAUGAAUCUCAGUGAAAUUAUAAGGGCACAUGCCCUUCCUUUUCUACCUGCAAAAUCACUUUUCAGGUUUUUGAGUGUUUGUAAAGACUGGAAACUUCAGAUAUCAACUCCAUUCUUUGCCCAUAAUCAGUCAAUUUGUUGUGGUUCGACCUUAGGUUUCUUUAGGCAGGUAUCUGGAGAACCACCAUCACUUGUCUCUGAUGAGCCAAAAGCUUGUGGUGUACCAGACCCCUCUCUGAAAUUUUUGCCUGAGCCAGUUGACAUCUUGUCAGCAUCCAAUGGACUGAUUUGCUGCCAUUCUCGAACUGGGAAUAAAGCCUACUACAUUUGCAAUCCUGUGACCCAGCAGUGGAAGAAACUUCCAGAACCAAAUGCUAAUCAUGGUUUACAGCCUUCAACUGUGCUUGUAUUUGAACCAUCCCGGCUUAACUUUGAGGCCGAUUAUAAGCUUGUUUGUGCCUUUCCAUCUGCCGACUUUGAUGAUGCAACUGAAUUUGAGAUAUACUCCUCUAAAGAAGGAUCCUGGAAAGUUUCAGGAGAGAUUUGUUUUACUUCAUAUUCUGUGCCAAAAAAAUCAGGGGUUCAUGUGAAUGGGGUUGUUUACUGGAAAUCAAGGGGUCUUCUAGCUUAUGAUCUGACAAAGGAUAGAUCACAAAUGCUCCAAGACUAUCAAUUUGGAAAUGGUGUUCUGGGAGCGAUGAAUGGAAAGCUUUGCUCAGCUUAUCCUAAUGGGCAGUCAAUAACAGUUCAAGUAUUAGAUAAUGCCCACAGUAAUACCAUGCAAAUGGGCAGCCAUGCCAGGAUGUGGGCGGAGAAACAAAGAGUAGUUCUCGACGUGGAAGUGGUGGGUGGGCCUGUGUCUGACCUGGCUGUGGUUGCUGCUUCUGGCAACAAGCUGUUGGUUCAGUUGGCCAGAAAACUAUAUCUUUAUGACUUGCUGACGAAGGAAACUAAAGCGCUGGGCAUUGCAUCACCAGAUCGUGACACAAGAUACAUACCAUAUGUAAAUAGCCUUGUCAGCCUCUAAUCUUCAUAUGUUGCUGUCGAUGACUUUUCCUGUGAAAUCUCUUUUUAGCCCUGGAGGUUUGGACUGGUAAUAUUCUUGUGAGUUAUCGUCACAAAUGAACUUGUCUA